UCAUAUCAAGUGGUAUAUAUAGAGAUACUUUUUGAAUAUAUGAAGCCUAAUGCAGUCAAUUGUGCUUCUAGUGAAACCUCCAAGAUGGUUAAAAGAUCGGAGAGUGAUUAUUUGGAAACGUUGGACGUUCCAAUUCAUUCAACAUCUUCAAGCCAUGGGUCCCCACGCGCAUUCUUGCAACAACUCAACAGAUUUCUGAAUGUAGUAUUAGAUUACUCCACCGACCAAAAUUCCCGAUCUGUGCUUCACCUGGACAAAGAAACCAUCGAAAGCCUUCCCCAUCACUCACUGAAUAUUUCAAACGCCUACGUCCUGGAGCUGUUGGUUCAGUCAGAAGAACCUCUGGUAUUUCUGUUGCCGGAGAAUGCGGAGAACUUUCUCCAGCAGAUCAUAGAACACGGAAACGUCGGGGAAACCGAGGAAAAGAUACAGCAGCUUUUCCUCACCAAACUGAAAAACACCGUCAGAAAAGUGUUGGAAAUACCCAUUUUCCAGAAUGAGAAGGUCCUGAAAAAGCUGAUUCAUCUUCUGAACGAGUGCAACUAUCCCUUUCCACUUCCCGAGUUCCCUCAAGUCAGCAUCUUGCCACAAGAUGACCAAAAGAAUGGAAAUCGCAGGCAAAAGACCUACUAUACCUUCUUGUUGCUGAAGACUUUGCAAACAGUGAAGACCUUUUGGGAGAAGAGGCAGAAAAUUUUUCGGCAAAAUAGGAGUGCGACCAACCGAUCCAUCUGCAAAUUGGAGGAACUCAGCAUUGACUUUGAGCGUCUGUCAUACGACUGGAUCUUGGUCCCGAAGUUGUACAAUAUACAUAAUUGUGUUGGCUCUUGCAGGAUUCCCUUAACAGGGAAUGUAUCUAAUCAUGUUGUCUUACUUAUUAAAAUGCAGGAACAAGGGCUUCCGACAAAACGGGAACCAUGUUGCGUUCCGGUGGAGUAUUCUGAACUUCUGCUGGCUGUGGUCAAUGAUCAAAGUAGCAUGAUCACUGUGUAUAAGAACAUGGUGGCAGAGGAAUGUAAGUGUAGAUGACCCAGGCGUGUAGCCAUCUCAGGAGUCAAAUAUCGUCAGGAAGGACCAACAUACAACUUAGAACAAAAAACAGUGCAGCACAGGAACAGGCCCUUCAGCACACAAUGU